CGUAUCGUAUCAUUACAUUCAGUAGCGUGCAUACGGCAUCUGGGAAUUAGUCUUGUUUCUUAUUUUCAUAAUUAUUAUAGACAAAAUGACUAAAAAGAGUGAUGGUGUUCCUAAUAAAAACAGUGAAAAUGUUAAGGACAAUAAAAGUAAACAGUGGAUUAUGGGAUUAAUUGCAAACACAACAAUAUUCACAAGUGGUGUGCAAGCCGGGUGGAUAUCACCUAACAUAACCCUACUUCAAGGACCUGACAGUCCAGCGGGUUAUCCGUUAUCAGAUCUGGAAAUAUCACUCAUAGCUAGUGCCAUAUGUUUCUCUGCUGUCUUUUUCUGCAUGGGAUAUAGUUUCAUAGCUGAUAGAUAUGGCAGGAAAUUGUGCAUUAUCAUCAUCGCUUCUUUACAAGCUCUAGCAUGGAUAAUAAAGCUAACAUCCGCAAACUCCGUAUGCCUUAUCAUUUCACAAGCAUGUGUGGGUGCCUCUGGAUCCGGCGUUUUCACAAUAUGUCCAACUUAUACUAAGGAGAUCAGCUCAGACUCUAUAAGAGGAGCAAUGAGCAGCGUUGGAAUGUUACUUCAAAGUAUCGGGAUACUGUUCAUGUAUGCUUUGGGUGCUUAUUUGGACUACUACACAGUUUUAUACAUUGGAUUGGCUAUACCACUUUUAAAUUUGCUGUUCCUAUUGAAAGUACCAGAAUCUCCACCACAUUUGGUAAAAAUUGGAAAGAUUGAGGAAGCUAAAAACACAAUAGCGUAUUUAACAGGUCUUGAUGCAGAAAGCAAACCUGUCCAAAAUGCAAUUGAUGAAAUGACCACAGCACAACAACAACGUGAUAAGAUGCCUAAAAUGACAAUAAAAACAGCAUUUAAAGACAAAGCCACGCGCCGCGCCUUUUUUCUCGGUCUAUUCAUGAUAUCUGUAUUAGACUGUGGUGGAACGUUUGCAAUUUUUGCGUACGCUUCAGUGAUUAUCGAAAAUUCUGGGGUGACUAUGAAUCCGGAGCUGCAAGCUUUGUCCAUUCCAACUGUCAGUAUCCUAGGUGCCUUGGUAUCAACGGUGACUAUAGAGAAAUUUGGACGUAAGCCUCUUCUAAUAACCUGUUUGACGAUGGUUGGUCUACCAAUGGCGGGUCUUGGCACAAUACUGAUGUUGCAAGAUCAGGGAUAUGUGGUCUAUCAGUGGUUUCCAAUUAUUGCUAUCACUUUGGGCGUAUUCGCUUACGGAGCCGGUGUACUGCCAGUUCCGUACACUGUCAUGACGGAAAUAUUUAACUAUCAGGUCCGCGCCAAAUUCGUCGGUUUCUACGUGACAAUGGGCUGGUUCCAGUGCUUCCUUCAGACCAUUCUAUUCACCCCCAUCUCGCAGGCUCUUGGAAUGCACACCAUGUUCUUUAUAUUUAGUGCCAUCAACCUCGUCAGUGCUGUCAUGUGCGUUGUUUGGAUGCCAGAGACGAAAGGGAAAAGCUUGCAUCAAAUACAAAAGGCUCUGUGUGCUAAAUGAGACUAGGUAGGUAUGAUGAGGGAAUUAUUGUUCUGUUUGUCUCGUGUUAAGCAGUUUUUUUAUUUACAAAUUUUAAGAUUGUUAUUGAUGGAAAACUAACUAAUAUUGAAUAAGUUAGGUUAUUUGUUAUUAUAUUUUUUAUAAAUAAAAAAUGUAUGCUGUU